UCGCUGAGGACCGUUUUAUACGGAAGGAACAGUGAUGUCGGAGUAACUUUCUCUUUUAGUUUUUGACCCGCCUCCUUUGUAUCGCGGUGGAGGCUUUUUGUAAAUGGAUUUUCUUGGAAUCCCAUCGACUUGGACCCUUUAAAUGGCUCAAUGUAGUUUUGUUGGAAAGAAGACCAGAUUCAGAUGUUCAUCACGCUGACUCCGGCAGCGCAACAUCCACUCACAAUGUGUGUCAGGUGUCGUGUAGUGCUGAAGAAGACCGAGUGAACCAUGGCACAGUUCCCCACCACAUUCACCGAUGCGUUCCUGAUCUCAGUGGAUGAGAGAGCCAAACAUGAUCAGCAGUUUCUCAGCCUGUCUCCGACUCCCGGCGGUUACAUCACAGGCGACCAAGCCAGGAACUUCUUCCUUCAAUCGGGUCUGCCGCCUCCCGUCCUGGCCCAGAUCUGGGCUCUGGCCGACAUGAACAGCGACGGCCGUAUGGACAUCCACGAGUUCUCCAUCGCCAUGAAACUCAUCAAGCUGAAACUCCAGGGUCACCCUCUGCCCCCCGCGCUUCCUCCCAGUAUGAAACAACCACAGCUGACUUUACCCCCACAGGGCGGCUUUGGGAUGCCCCCCAUGCCCUCCAUGCCCACCAUCUCAGCCCCCCUGUCGGCCGUGCCUGCACUCCCCCUCCCGCCCCUCCCCGUCGGAGUGUCCCCCCCGCUCGGCUCGUCCGCCCUCCCUCCGCUCCCUCCGCCCAUUGCGAACGGAGCCCCUCCCACAGGCAUGAUGGCGCCCACCUCGGGCUUCCCCCACCCAGCCGCCUCCGUCAACAAGUCCUCGUCCUUUAAUCGCUCCAGUGCCAAGUUGCAGAAGGGGACGUCCGUGGACGUCACGAGCGUUCAGCCGCCCUGUGAUUGGGCGGUUCCUCAGUCCUCUAGGCUCAAGUACAGGCAGCUUUUUAACUCCCACGACAAGAUGAUGAGUGGACACCUAACGGGUCCCCAGGCUCGUACCAUCCUGAUGCAGUCGAGUCUCCCUCAGGGCCAGCUGGCCACCAUAUGGAGCCUCUCCGAUAUCGACCAGGAUGGGAAGCUAACAGCGGAGGAGUUUAUCUUAGCCAUGCACCUCAUAGAUAUGGCUAUGUCCGGUCUCCCGCUGCCCCCUGUGCUACCACCAGAUUACCUCCCCCCCACAUUCAGGCGCGUGCGGAGCGACAGUGUUCAGUCGGACCAGAAGAGCGUGCAGGAGGAGGCGGCGGAGGAGGAGGCGGAGAGCAGCCAGGACAAGAGACUGCCAGUGACGUUUGAGGACAAGAAGAGGGAGAACUUUGAGCGCGGGAACCUGGAGCUGGAGAAGAGGCGGCAGGCUCUUCAGGAGCUGCAGAGGAAGGAGCAGGAGAGGCUGGCAGCGCUGGAGAGAGAGGAGCAAGAGAGAAAGGAGCGCGAGCGUCUGGAGCAGGAGAGGAGGCGACAGCACGAGUUGGAGAAGCAACUGGAGAGACAGAGAGAGCUGGAGAGGCAGCGGGAGGAGGAGAGACGCAAAGAGAUAGAGAGGAGAGAGGCUGCUAAGCGUGAAUUGGAGCGUCAGCGUCAGUUGGAGUGGGAGCGUCAACGCCGCCAGGAGCUUCUGACUCAAAGGAACCGAGAGCAGGAGAGCAUCGUGCUGCUCAAAGCCCGGAAGAAGACCCUGGAGUUCGAACUGGAGGCUCUGAAUGAUAAGAAGAGCCAGCUGGAGGGCAAACUAAAGGACGUUCGCUUUCGUCUGUCGGCUCAGCGGAGAGAGGUUGAGCAGACCAACCUGACCAGGGAAACGCGCAUCGCUGAGAUCACACUGCUGCAGCAGCAGCUGCAGGACUCCCAGCAAUGGUUGGGGAGGCUAAUUCCCGAUAAACAGAGUCUCAACGAGGAGCUGCAACAGGUUCAACAGAACAGUCUGCAUCGCGACAGCCUGUCGUCCCUGCAGAAGGCCGUGGAGCAGAAGGAGAGCAGCAGACAGCAGCUCCGAGAGCAGCUCGAUGCGGUGGAGAGAGAGACGAGGGCCAAGCUGCUGGAGAUCGACGCUUUCAACACCCAGCUGAAGGAGCUGAGGGAGAUCCACAGCCGGCAGCAGAGGCAGAAGCAGAGGGAGCUGGAGGGAGACACGCACACACUGACGCACACACACCCUCACAUGCACACUCCGAUCGAGAGAAAGUCCGCCGAGCUGCAGCACAGCAGGUUGUCAUCAGAGGAGGCCGUGUCCUGGAGGGACGAAGCUGCAAGCUCUGCCCCCAACGCCCCGAGCCCCGCCUCCAUCUCUGCACCCCACGCCUGGCUAAACAGAGUGGCUCAGGAAGAGGAGGAGAGGAGAGGGACGGAAGAGGAGGAGGAUGAGGAAGAGGGCCGGAAGGCUGCAGGAUUGCCAGAAGAGAAGGAGGGCGAAGGGAGAGGCAAGAAGGAGGUGCAUGAGAAACUGAGCAAGCUGUUCAGCCAGCCGGCCGACCCCUGGGGCUCGAAAGGGGAGAAGACUCCAGUACCGGGUCUGUUUGACCACAAGUCUCCUGUACCGGGUCUGUUUGACCACAAGUCUCCUGCACCGGGUCUGUUUGACCACAAGUCUCCUGCACCGGGCCUGUUUGACCACAAGUCUCCUGCACCCGGUCUGUUCGACCAGAACGCUCCUGUUCCGGGUCUAUUUGACCACAAGGCUCCUGUUCCGGGUCUGUUUGACCAGAAGACUCCGGUCAGCAGCUUCGACCAGCAGCAGCAGCCAGUGAAGGUGGUCUACUACAGGGCUCUGUAUCCAUUCGAUGCCCGCAGCCACGACGAGAUCAGCAUCGCCCCCGGAGACGUUAUCAUGGUGAAGGGGGAAUGGGUGGAUGAAUCCCAGACGGGGGAACCGGGUUGGCUGGGAGGAGAACUCAGGGGCCGGACCGGUUGGUUUCCGGCCAACUACGCCGAGCGGAUACCGGACAGCGAAGCACCAAUCAGCCUGCGCGCGACGGCCUCUGCCCCGCCCACUGCCGCCCAGCAGCCUAUGACCACGCCUCCCCCGGCUCCCGGGCACGCCUCCUCCUCUUCCGCGACCUCUGCCAACAGCAACUGGGCCGACUUCAGCACCACUUGGCCCUCCAGCACAGCCGGCCAAUCGGAGAGCGAGGGAUGGGACGCGUGGCCGACCUCUUCGACCAGUCAGAACCCCUCGCUCAGCGUUCCGUCGGCACAGCUGCGCCAACGCUCCGCCUUCACGCCCGCUACCAUGACGACGGGCUCCUCCCCUUCCCCGGUGCUGGGCCAGGGGGAGAAGGUCGAGGGUCUUCAGGCCCAGGCUUUGUAUCCUUGGAGAGCAAAAAAGGACAACCACCUGAACUUCAACAAAAAUGAGAUCAUCACGGUGUUGGAGCAGCAGGACAUGUGGUGGUUAGGUGAACUGCAGACCGGACAGAGAGGCUGGUUCCCCAAAAGUUACGUGAAGCUCAUCUCUGCGACAAUGACGCCACCGCCUGGUGCCGCUCCACGCAUGAAAAACACUAGUGAGCCUCCAGUAUCAGAAAGCCCCCCCAACGGAAAACGGCCGUCCCCUUCCCCGACGAAACCCUCUGAGUCUGGAGAAGAGUACGUGGCCAUGUACACCUACGAGAGCAGCGAGCAGGGGGACCUGAGCUUCCAGCAAGGGGACGUCGUCGUGGUUACCAGGAAGGAAGGGGAUUGGUGGACGGGCAUGGUCGGGGGCAAGACCGGCGUCUUCCCCUCCAAUUAUGUCAAACCGCGGGACUUCGCCUCAGAGGUGGGCGGCGGCUCUGAGCACGCUUUAGGACCAGCGGGGAAGACGGGCAGCCUGGGAAAGAAACCGGAGAUCGCUCAGGUGAUCGCCCCCUACAGCGCUACAGGCGCAGAGCAGCUGACGUUAGCUCCAGGACAGCUCAUCCUCAUCAGGAAAAAGAACCCAGGGGGCUGGUGGGAGGGCGAGCUCCAGGCUCGGGGGAAGAAGCGCCAGAUCGGUUGGUUUCCGGCCAACUACGUGAAGCUGCUCAGUCCCAGCACCAGCAAGACGACGCCCACAGAGCCCACCCCUCCGAAACUGGCUCCGCCCGGCUCGGGUGCUCAUACAGCCGUGUGUCAGGUGAUCGGCAUGUACGACUACGUGGCCCAGAACGACGACGAGCUGGCCUUCCAGAAGGGUCAGGUGAUCACGGUGCUCAACAAGGACGACUGUGAUUGGUGGAAGGGAGAGCUCAACGGGAGGGAGGGGCUGUUCCCCAGCAACUACGUCAAACUCACCACAGACACCGACCCGAGCACGCAGUGGUGCGCCGACCUCCACCUGCUGGACAUGCUGAGCCCCAUGGAGAGGAAGAGGCAGGGCUACAUCCACGAGCUCAUCGUCACCGAGGAGAACUACGUCAACGACCUGCAGCUCGUCACCGAGAUCUUCCACAAACCUCUGCUGGACUGCGAGCUGCUGACGGAAAAGGAGGUGGCCAUGAUCUUCGUCAACUGGAAGGAGCUCAUCAUGUGCAACAUCAAGCUGCUCAAGGCUCUGAGGGUGAGGAAGAAGAUGUCGGGCGACCGGAUGCCCGUGAAGAUGAUCGGUGACAUCCUGACCAACCAGCUGCCUCACAUGCAGCCUUACAUCAGGUUCUGUUCGUGUCAGCUGAACGGAGCCACGCUGAUUCAGCAGAAAACCGACGACAACCCCGAGAUCAAAGACUUCCUGAAGAGGUUAGCGAUGGAUUCCAGGUGUAAAGGGAUGCCUCUCUCCAGCUUCCUGCUCAAACCCAUGCAGAGAGUCACGCGCUACCCGCUCAUCAUCAAGAACAUCAUAGAAAACACUCCAGAGUCUCAUCCAGACAACAGCCACCUGAAAGCUGCUCUGGAGAAAGCCGAAGAGCUUUGCUCACAGGUGAACGAGGGCGUCCGGGAGAAGGAGAACUCUGAUCGUCUGGAGUGGAUUCAGGCUCACGUCCAGUGUGAAGGCCUGUCUGAGCAACUGGUGUUCAACUCCGUCACCAACUGCCUCGGCCCCCGGAAGUUCCUCCACAGCGGGAAGCUGUUCAAAGCCAAGAGCAGCAAGGAGCUCUACGGCUUCCUGUUCAACGACUUCCUGCUGCUGACUCAGGUCACCAAACCUUUGGGCUGGUCGGGCUCGGACAAAGUCUUCUCCUCCAAAACACACCUGCAGUACCGCAUGUACAAGACGCCGAUCUUCCUGAACGAGGUGUUGGUGAAGCUGCCGACGGACCCGUCGGGGGACGAGCCGCUCUUCCACAUCUCCCACAUCGACCGGGUGUACACGCUGCGAGCCGAGAGCAUCAACGAGAGGACGGCGUGGGUCCAGAAAAUCAAAGCGGCUUCGGAGCUCUUCAUCGAGACGGAGAAGAAGAAGAGGGAGAAGGCCUACCUAGUCCGUUCCCAGAGAGCCACGGGCAUCGGCAGGCUGAUGGUCAACAUCGUGGAGGGAAUCGAACUCAAACCCUGCCGCUCGCACGGAAAGAGUAACCCGUACUGUGAGGUCACCAUGGGUUCUCAGUGCCAUAUCACAAAAACAUUACAGGACACACUGAAUCCAAAGUGGAACUCCAACUGUCAGUUUUUCAUAAAGGACCUCGAGCAGGACGUCCUCUGCGUCACCGUGUUUGAACGAGACCAGUUCUCUCCUGACGACUUCCUGGGCAGGACGGAGAUCCGGUUGGCUGAGAUCAAAAAGGACCAGGGCUCUAAAGGACCAAUCACCAAGCGGCUGCUGCUCCACGAGGUUCCCACGGGAGAGAUUGUCGUCAGGCUGGACCUCCAGCUGUUUGAGGAGCCGUAGAAACGAGACGAAAAAAGACACCUGGACGGGAUCCUGCUGGACCGGAUGUGGACCAGAACAGCGGCGCUGGAUUAGACUGGGCUGGAUUCUCUCGUUUCUGAGCGCUCGGUGUCCACAGAGGGUGGGGGGGGACGUUCGAAGCAGCAGGUGUAUCAUGGGAAACGAGAGCUUAAGGGACCCCAGAAGCCCAAGAUUCACUGUGUAGUCAUUUUGAAGUUUCCACCACUAUUAUGCAAAAAAAGAAGAAACUGGGCCCUUCCAUCACCAGCUAGUAGUAAAAAAAGAAAAGAAUAACAGACUAGCAGAGGAAGGCUAAUGGGGGCGGGUUGGUGUCCGGGCCGCUCUGACAAUAAGCAAAUGCAUUUUGCAGACAUAGCGACUAUCUUUGCUGGUUUUAUGAGCACUGCUACUAUAAUUAGAAAAGCAACAAGGGUUUUUCCUCCUCCCAAUCAGCCGACACACGCUUUCCAGUUUUAAGUUGAGACACUGCAGGUGAAUAUGGUGAAAAUAAUUGGACUAAUACGUAUUAUCAUUUUUUUGUAUUCCACGUUUUUCAGAAAACUACCAUCGUAAAUAGACAGUAAAAGACAAAGCGGCUAAAUGUGACUUUUGGAUGUCGUCUUUCCACUAGUCAGUAAGAAAACAUGUUAGAGGAGAAAUCAAAUGUCUUACACACACUUUAUCGUCUUAAAUUAACUUUCACUGGUCUUAAAAAUGUUGCUGUUUCUCGACCUGCUGCUUUUCCAGAGAGAGAUUCUACCCGUUCGGCCCUUAUAGCGAACUCCCACAUGCUAACUAGCGUAGCGCAAAGCAUGCAGGUGUCCCACCAGGAUCUGUUUGUGGUCCCCCCCCCCCCUCUCCUUUUCCCACAGUCCGGUCCAGUUCACCGCUGAGUCCCUGGGAUCCAGUCGGGUCCGUUAAUGUUUUCUCUUUCCCUGCUUCAUCAGUCUCAGACACUCCAGUGACAAUCCAAGCCCUCCUUUAAGUCCCGACCAACCUGUGUGUGUGUGUGUGUAAGUGAGAGAGCAUAUAUUAUAUAUGUGUGUGUGUUUGAUUGAGGAACACAGACUACUGGUGUCUCUCUAAAGGUGGACCGGCCAAUUAAAAGGUACAUUUUACACAUUCUUUUUGUUGACGUCGCGUAUUACGAACUCUCUCGGAGUCUUACGUUAAACUCCUCAGGCUUUCAGCUGCAUCGGCUCGACAUCUAAAGGGACUUUUUCCAUCUGCUUUGACCUUCACUGAACACUUUGCCACAUUAUUGCGGAUGAGAAAAAAAACAGGCUGUAUGUGCACAGGUUUCAUGGGAACUGCUAACGAUGCUAAUUAGCUGAACAUGUAGAUAGAUUUUACCCCAAUGUGUGAGAAGUGUUCGCUUUGAAUUAACACCAAAAUGUCCCCUUUUAAAUGUACAAUGAGAAUAAUAGUAUUGCUAAAGGCGCACAGGUGUGACGGCUGGUUUGUGUCGAGUUCCUGCCGAGAAGAAGAAUGUCUUAAUCUUUCUUAUAUUUGUGAUGGUCGCAUACACACGGGGGGUGGUUGUAGUUUUUAGGUGGUUUCCAUCGCACAUCUAACCUCUGUUGUAUUGUUGCUGCUGUGCGGAGCCCUGAGGGAACCGGGGGGGGGGGUCCGAGGUGCUUCGGGGCCCCUCGAUAAACAUGCCUGGCACUACAUGUGUUUUAUAGGAGCAGCCUUUUGGAAAAACGCCACGCUGAGGACGCUCGAUGUAAAGAAGGAAAAAAAAAAAGGUUUUAAUGUGCGAUUUGGCACUCGCAGCACUUUUAAAACGCACACUAACAAACACACUCAACUGAACAAUGUUAAACAACUUUUAAUUUGAAUUAUUUCUGCUUGAUGGAAGGAAAUAGUUUAUUUGUGGGGGGGCUACUUUCAGCGGUGGAUUGAUACACAUUUGUUAGCGAAGGAACGUGUGCAGUGUGGCUCAUUCAUGUGUUGUUGUUUUUUAGAUGGAGAAGACGUACACAGACAAUCCUUGUUAGUAGGAUCAACAAAAUACAUCAGUCCUCAGCUUUGAAAACACAUAAAACUUCAACCGACGUACCAGCGUAAAAGCUAUGAUGGCGGUUUAAAAUGAGCUAACUAGUUAGCUGCACCGUUCAGCCAUUACGAAUCCAAACAUUUUACCUCAUUGAAGCUUGAGCUAAUUCCUCCUCCAGUGUCUGAGAUCCUAAAAGGAAAACCCAGUAUCAACAAAUCACACCGAUCAAUUUCAACGCAUAUCGUUCACUGAAUUAUCUCAGGAGUUACUUUGGCGGCAGCCUUGAUCUUAGAGCUUUUAGAAACGUCAGCUGGCUGGCUACUCGGCCGCCUCCUUCCAUUUAGCUAGUUGUUUUUGAAUUUAUCGCCACGGUUACCGACUCACGGAGGAAGGAGGGGGGGGAGGCAACCUACCGUUACCUUAGCGACCAGCCACUGUCCAAUCAGGAGUCGGCGAGGCAGCUGGACUGUGGGAACCUACGUUUGUGUUUCCCCAAACUGAUGAUGAUGAGUUUGUCCUUCAUCCCUGUAAAGCUUCUCCUCCCCAGACUACUGAAACUAAUCCGGUUUGAACCCGUUCUUACUGCCCACCUUCCUGGAUGUGUAUAAUACUACUGCUAUCUGAGAGUUAAUAUAUGAGCGCUACGGGGGGAGACGGCCUGCUGUUUAUUAUCACUGUAGACGAAGAUGUACUUUGUUGUCUUUCAAUGUUCAGAAUAAACUUCGGUUGGACCGAAGAAAGAA